AUGCUGUCGUACAAAACAGCAUUCUGGAAGCGGCUGUCUGCAAUGAUGCAGGGAGAGAUGAGCGGAACUACUGCCGUCUCCAUAAUCUACGACCCCGUAUACGGUUACUCCACCUGGGGAAAAAGCCAUCACACGCUUGACCUUGGCUAUGACGUCACUUUUAUUUUCGCUAUGGAAACUGCCAUUUUCGCUCCGGAGAAUCGACAUUACUUGUUCAGGCAUGUGCUCACCGCGAACGGUCAAGCACGCAGUAUCGUCUCGGAUUGUGGAAAGAAAGGAAAAUGUUUGAAUGGACAAUGUGUUCUUGACAGAUGUCUAGGCAUUACAUGCGCUGAGGGCGAGCUGUGCCGUGAUGGCGAUUGCGUUAAACGAUGCACUCUUCUUUCCUCUUCAUUGUUUGAGUUUUGGUCGCUAUCAAAAACGCCUCCGACUUAUGUAGCCGAGACGUUCUGCUUGGGACAUGCAGAUUGUGGACCGGACAUGGACUGUCGAUCGAAUCGAUGCCGUAUCAGAACUCCCGAACCGAUCUGUAACUGUCAACCACACGAAAUUUGUCAUCAUGGACAAUGUUAUCCUAAUACUCAAUGCACUUCGAUAUUCUGCGGUAAAGGUUCUUACUGUGUAGAUGGGAAAUGUGUGAACGGGAUUGGAGUGGAUUGUCGAGAAGAAAAUUGCCGCGGUGGAACCGCUUGCGUGAAUGGAGUUUGUGUUCUUGACCCAUGUCCAGCUAGCUGUCCAGCGGACCAAUCGUGUCGUCUAGGCGAGUGUCGUAUUAUGGAAGGACUUCCUUGCGUAGCUGAAUGUAGCGGACCUUACACGUGCGUUGACGGACACUGCAGAAGAAACGACUGUGAACGACGUGUCUGUCAACUGGGAGAAGCUUGUGAGGGCGGACAGUGCCAUAAGGUAACAGGGCGGUUCUGCACGUGGGCGCCACGAGAUUGUGGUCACGCUUUUUCGUGCAAGGACAAUCAAUGUGUUGAUCUGCUCACACCAACUGCCACGAUCCCUCCGCACCAAGACAAUCAAUUGCCAAACAAAUAA